AUGGACGUGUUCAGUAGCGCUCCGAACGACGCAUAUAGUCACCACGUACCUCGCGGUGAGCGCCAAGUGUCCUUCCCGCCCCAGCAAGCGCCGAAUCGCUUGCCCGAAGAAGAAACGGCUGCACCUGUCGAAGCAGAUAGGUCAGCAUUUCGUGUCAGUCACCGGCCGAACUUGACAGUUCGGGCGCAGGAUGGCGUAGAAGAUGAUGAGGAUGGUGUAGAAGCAGGGUACUCACGUUUCAUAAAUGCACACCUUGCUUCGAUAGCGACGCUCGUUCGCCGCUGGAUUGGCCACGCCAACGAUACACCAGCUGCGAAAGGGGUUAAGUUGCCGCUUAACGCCAAGUACAGCGGUGAAGACGAUCCGGAGAAGUUCUACUCCUUCCUGAAGGAUCUCCUCACCUAUCUGUUCUUCGGGCGCAUAUCGGGCCCCGAGUACGUGCAGGACCAGGUCUUGAUCACUGGGCAAACGCUGCAUGGACCGGCGCGGUCGUGGUACGAGUAUGAGGUUCUCCAGGAUGACAUGGUCCGAUGGACCAUGGUCACCCUGAUGUGCGAGCUAUUCAAACAAUUCAUCAGCCCUGCGCAUGUACACACGCCCCAAGCUAACUACUCACGGGUCAAAUAUGCUGCGGACACCGGCGUGUCCCAGUUCGCAUCCUCGCUAACGCACUACGCACGACUGCUGCCUCAGUACCCCACUCAGUACGAGCUCAACAAGAAGUUCUUGCGUGGGAUACCGAUGGUGAUCACCAAGCACCUGCUUCGUGAUCUGAAACUGUCAGCUGAGCUCACUAGAUUCGAAGUACUCAAGAAUGAGGCGGUGCUGUAUGAGGCGUCGAGCAAGUAUGCCGACACCCUGUACAAAGAAAUUGCGGCCGAACCUUCCCAGUCGAAGGGGAAGACCGCGACCGCUACCACCGCGCCUGCUUCGAACGAAUCAGCCGGGAGCAGCGAGAAGACGAAAGGAGGUACGAACCAAGCAGGCCGACGCCUGAUCAGUCGUACAGUAUACCGAGUGCCCAAAUCGAGCUAUGAACAGGCCAGGAACGCGUCCGGCGGCGCCGUUAGCGCUGCGCCUCGCCCUAAGUCAGACAAGAGCGGCAUACGCUGCCACAAUUGCCAGCAAUUGGGACAUUACAAGUCCGAAUGCCCUACGGCGGACGGCAGUAAACGCCUCAUGGCAAACAUCGUUCUCGAACAGGACGAGACGGUGGGCAGUGAUGCAGGCAGGGAUGAGGCAACUGAAGACACACCUGGGCAUACGUCUAGUGACGAAGAAAGCACCUAUGAGGAAGUUAUCGAAGAAUACGUGAACGAGGAAGACGAUCUUCCGAACUCACAAUAUGACUCAGAUGAGGAAAUAGACCAGCUGGACAGUGACAGCGAAGACGGCGGUAUGAUAGUACACCACAUGCACGCGAUGCGCGCGGUGCUUCGCCCGGCAUCGCCAAUGGAAUGCACGGAAGACGAAGAAGAGGAUCUUCGCCCUUCGUACAUAACUGGCAUGUGGCCGCUGCCGCGUGUAGGACAACGGCCCAACGCGUCGAAAGCCGCACCUGAGUUAUACAGUAUGGAACUUGAAACGUACCAUCGUCGGCGCCAUGCGCUGCAGACCACGCGCGAGCACAAUCGCGUGGUAAGGGAGUACUCCGGCAGGUUGGAACGCAUGCGGGACAGGGUUAUCCGCCUGGAGGACCAGUUGCGGCUUGCCCGUCACGACAGGGACCUGUUGGAAAGGCGGAACGGUGAGCUUGCGGAGCAACUCGAUGGUGCUCGUACACGCACCUGGGAAGCCCAGGAAGGCCUAGCUACUGCGGAACACAAGUUCCAGAUCAUGCUAGUACACCGUGAUGCGCUAAUCGAGGAGCACCUCGGGCUUGACGAGGUACGCGUCGCGCACGAGCUGGAUAGCCAAGUAUGUGCGAUUGCCACAGAUGUGACCGAAAGCGAGGUCACGGAUGCGAUCGGUACAUCUUGGAGCCGGGAGGAGGCGCUGCCCUGGGGGCUGCGCGGGUACAGUACCAACCCGUUGAGCACCGCGGUACCCAUCGAUGAUGCGUCGUCGGAUGAGGUAUCCUCGGAUGAAACGGAUAGUGACGCCGAUAGUGGCGAUGAGCCGCCGUCAACGAGCGCGCGCCUCGGCGUCACAAUGGAAGAAGUACCUGAGUCGGAUGAUGAGUACAUAGGUCUGGACUACGACUCUGAUUGCAGCUUACCUGCGCUGGAGUCCGUGUCCGACACGAGUGAGGAGGAGCUCGACAGUGAAUCUGAAGAUGAAUCUUCAGACGACGAGCACACUAUCGACGUUUCGCCGCGGAACCCGUACCGAGUACGGCGCGAGGCGCAGUUUAUGGCCCGCAAUGUUGCGCGGUCACCGGUGCAGAAUAACAUAAGACCUAAGAACGCACAGUCAGUACAACGGCCGAAGCCUAGCCCAAAUGCCAUGAUGUGCAUGACGACUUACGGCGAGGUCAAUGGCGUUCAAGCGUUGAUUCUCUUCGACACCGGUAGCACUUGCGACUCGAUCACGCCGACACUGGCGACUGCGGCUAAGGUCAAGGCAGUAGCGCUGGACCCACCGUUCACCCUGCAACUGGGGUGUGUCGGCAGCAAAAGCAAGGUUAGCUGGGGGGCCACGCACUCACUGACAUUGGGGGAUGUGACCAUCCCAACAAUGUACUCGGACAUCGUCAACGCCGCUGGCUACGACAUGAUCCUGGGCACACCGUUCAUGCAUGACCACGGUGUCAUGCUGGAUUUCAAGCGCGGUGUCAUCGCGUUUGACGGUUACGAGCUGAAGGCGCUGACGCGCUCUGAGGCGGAGGAGUUGAAAGCGCCAUUCCCGAUGCCUACCGCGAUAGAGACCGGGGAAAACAUCCUCCCCGCGGCAAUGCUGUCCAAGACGCCACCUAAGGAUCAUCAGUUAAUAGAUGACAUACUGAAUGAGCGGGUAACAAUGACACACCCAGCGUACGAUCCGAAGGCACCCGUCCGAACGGUAGGAAGCGCUGAGAAAGAAGGGAAGACCUCACACGCUUCUGGGAAGCGUACCUUUAGUCGAGCGACCUCGAGCCGUCCGCUAGCAUUCAAGAUAAAUGCAUCCCAAACCGCUGAGAACGGUGUUGGGCCGUCAACCUCCGGUUGA